AUGACUAUUGAAAAAACGACUGUUUUCGUUUCUGGUGCUACCGGUUUCAUUGCUUCACAUGUUGUGGAAGAUUUAUUGAAAGCAGGUUACAAGGUCAUUGGUUCAGGUAGGUCGCAAGAAAAAAACGAAGGUUUGUUGAAGAAAUUCAAUAAUAAUCCCAACCUGUCAAUGGAGAUCGUCGAAGACAUUGCUGCUCCAAACGCUUUCGACAAAGCUUUCCAAAGGCGUGGUAAAGAGAUUAAAGUUGUCUUGCACAUAGCUUCUCCGGUCCACUUCAACACCACUGAUUUUGAAAAAGACCUUUUAAUUCCGGCUGUCAAUGGUACCAAAUCCAUUCUGGAAGCAAUCAAAGAAUAUGCUGCGGAUACUGUUGAAAAAGUCGUCAUUACUUCUUCUGUUGCUGCACUUGCCGCUCCUGCAGAUAUGCAAGACGUCAGCUCCGUUGUCACUGAGGACAGUUGGAACAGAGACACUUGGGAAAGCUGUCAGACUAAUGCUAUUUCUGCGUACUGCGGUUCCAAAAAGUUUGCUGAAAAGACUGCUUGGGAUUUUCUCGAGGCAAAUAAAUCAACGGUCAAAUUUACGCUAUCAACCAUCAAUCCAGGAUUCGUUUUUGGUCCUCAGUUAUUUACUGAUUCACUCAAAAAUGGAAUAAAUAGUUCUUCGGCUAUAAUUGCCAAGUUGGUUAGUUCUAAAGUGGAUGACAAGUUUUAUAAUUACAGUGGUCCAUUUAUUGAUGUUCGGGAUGUUUCAAAAGCACAUUUAGUUGCAUUUGAGAAACCUGAAUGUGCUGGCCAAAGACUAUUUCUUUGCGAGGAUUUGUUCUGCUCUCAAGAAGUAUUAGAUAUCCUGAAUGUGGAAUUUCCACAGUUAAGGGGCAAGAUAGCGGCUGGUGAACCAGGCAGCGGUUCGAGCUUUUUGACAAAACAUUCUUGCAAGUGCGACAACUCCAAGACCAAAAAACUAUUGGGUUUCAAAUUCUUCAAUUUUAAAGAUUGCAUUGUUGAUACCGCAUCUCAGUUGUUGGAAGUUCAAAAUUAA